AUGUUCAAGGCCCUCUUGGGCGGGAGCCGGUCGGCGUCCAGCUCGGAUGUCCGCAGCACAACCAGCUCCGGGUCGAAGCUCGUCCGUCGCAAGACCGAUUCCAAGUCAACAUCAAGCCGCAAGUCCUCACGGGGUGACGACCGUGAUCGUGGCUUGGGUGAUCUGUCGGCCUAUCCGGGUGCCUCGACAGGCUCACGGCGCGGGCCAGUGAGUGUCGCUGGCGAGUCUGUCGCAUCAUCCUACAUCACUGCCGAGCCCGAUCCAAUCGAUGACUACGAUCGGACCACCCACGAAGGCAACCGCAGACACAGAGAUGGUGAUCGUGACAGCAAGACUGGCCGACGCCGGGAUCGCGAUCGCUCCGGGAGUCGCGACCGAGAUCGAAAGCGCUCCAGUCGCCGCAAUGUAGACGAUCUAUAUGAAGAAGAGCUGAUCCGAGAGCGCCAACGCCGAUACCCUGAGCGCGAUUAUCGUGAACGGAGUCGCACGUACUCGGGGGAUCACUAUGCGCCGCACACUUCCACCGCCAUGCCGUCCAGCGCCCCAGGUGCCCAAUUCCCUGUUGAUACGGCGGCGCAACACUUUCCCUCGUAUGCCAGCCCUGCUCAUCACCCUGUGACCACCUCAGCGGAUCAUCCUUUGGACGGAAACGCGGUUUCGCCGUCCUACGACCCGCAUGUGCAGCAGCAGUUCCCUGGUCAGUUUCCGUCCGGAACCGCGCAACCUUAUUACCCGCCCAGCAACCCAGCAGGAGCCGCGGCAGACUACUAUGGCGACCAGGGCCAGUCUGUGAAUGAUCAGCCAGGUGUUCGACCACAACAGCCUUCCGUCAUUCCAAACAGUCAGACUCACUUAAUGACUGCAUCUGCGUCGGCCAAUCCUCCACCUGAGCCUAGUAGUCUCGGACAAGUUGGCGCGGCGGCCGCUUACUUCACUGAUGAUACCCCACAUGGCGCAUCGCAACCCAUUCCGCCGGCUGCGUCGUCAUCGAAACCUCCUAAGCCUGACAAGCCCUCGAUACCCUCUAAGCUAACGAGACCUCAGUCUUCAAGCGCGAUCCCGACUGCAGCUGCCCUCGCCGCGGCAGGCGCUGUUGGCUAUGGGAUAGGCGAGCACGAGGAGUCGCAGGCAGCAGCAGCUUACCAAAAUGAUACACACUCCUCAGCUUCUUUCUAUCAAUCACACCAUAAUACGCAGCAGGGACAGUCAAGCUCAAGCAGACCUCCGAAGCCCCAGUCUCAUUCCAAUUCCUAUUCCCAUUCUCAUGGCAUUGGAAAUGGAGUAGGGAUGGCUGCAGCAGGCGCAGCAGCAGGCUACCUGAUUGGUCAUCAUCAUGAUUCUUCCAGCCCAACGCACUCGUCGCAUUUACCGCAUUACCACCAAGAGCACGCUGCGCUGCAUGGGUCAAAUCAUGGGCACCCCAUGGCCCCGAGUGGCGCUGGCGCUGCUGGUGCAGGAGCUUAUUCUUCGUGCGAGGUUCAGAGCCCAGGAUUCUAUCCUGCAAGCUCACUUGCAAUGCAACACCGACACAAGGACCCGCUGACGAAAUUCGUGGACUUCUGGCGGGAUCCAGAGGGAGUUGGUCGAUUUGAAGACUACACGGAAACGAUCGGCGUGUGCAAGUACUGUUUUGAACCUGGAACAAGCUCUGUCAAUGCUCCGCGCAAGCACAAUUAUCGACCACGCCGCCACUCGGCCGAUCAUUACAGCAGCAGCGGCUCGUCCCGAGUCAACAAACUCAGCCGCUACCAAUCUUCGGACGACGAGCGGAAUAGUCGAAAGAACUCAUCGAAGAAGUCUUCCUCCUGGCUCCCAGGGAUGCUUGCGGGCUAUGCAGCAAAGUCCAUCUUCACAGGAAAGGAGUUCGAUGACUCCUACAGUGUGCGUUCUAGCGAAAAAUCAAAGUAUCGUGAUUCACAGUACUAUCGCGAGGAAGAUCGGAGGAGCUCUACUUCGCGGGGUGUAGUCCGUCGUUCUGGUCGCUCAUCUUCAGGGGAGCGUCAUUACGAUAGCAACUACAGACGAAGAAGGAAUUCUCCAUCACGCUCACGAUCACGCUCACACUCCCAGUCCCGAUCCUCAUCCCGUUCCGGUCGCCAUUCCAUUGUUAAAGAAGCCGCCCUUGGUGCAGCAGUCGGCGGCACAGCCAUGGCGUUGGCGACGCACCAUCGAGACCGAAGUCGCUCGCCUGCUCGUACUCGACGCCGCAAGGAUUCCUCAUCUAGUACAUCUAUUCUGGAUGUGUCGCGGUCUUCUCCAAAAUCCAGUGGAGGAUUUACUUCCUUCUUCACCUCAACAUCGGAGAACCGUAAGAAAGAGAAGCAGAAGCGGAGGUCAAAGAAGACAAAGGGUUUUUUCUCCUUCAAUGGCUCAUCCUCGUCCUCGCUUGAUGCCGAUCUCGCCUUUGGCACUGGUUUUGCCAAGAAGCCCGGCAAGCUGCAAAAACAGAACAAGAAGAGUAAGAAGGACAAAGACCUCAAUGCAACUCUUCUCGGCUUAGGAGCGACUGCUACUGCUCUCGCAGCUUCUUCUCAUGGUCGGAGUGGGCGCAACAAGAGUCAGAUUCUGAGCGCCAGAGAUACUCGAAAAUCUCGUCAUAGUCCUGCUGGAUCAGGCGAUGACGACGAAUGGGUUGAUGCUGAAUCCGAAGAACAUUCAUCUUCAAGCAUUAGCUCGGCUUUGGCAUUUGGGGCCAGCAGCACCUCAUCUGGCUCCGAAUCGAACGGCAGUGGGGGCUGGAGAUGGGGCUGGCGUAGUAAGAAGGAUAAGAAGAAGAAGCAGGACAAGGAGAAGAAAUCGUCUCACACAGAUGCAAUUCUAGCAGCUGGAGCCGGCGCCCUGGGUAGUGCCGCGAUCGCUUCUGUCGCUCGCCGCCAGGAUAGCCGUCCUCCGAGCGAGGCAAGUCUUCAACAGGUCUAUCCGAUCCCGACUUCUGACCCUACUCGCUUUGAUGUUGCCCACAUCUCACCCUCUGUUGUGUCGGAUGGUCGGACUCCACUGGUCCGUCCUGGCUCGAUUCCUCUUCAGCAACCCCAGCCCUACACACCAGUUUCUCAAGCAGUCUAUUCCACCCACGGCGCGCUUCCCGGGUCCAUUCCUGCAUAUAGUCCCGCCAGUGUUCCGCCAAUUUUUGCCAACGACUACAUGCAGUACCAUGGACAGACCCAGAGCUUGAGACAUGUUGGUCACGCCCAUGAUGACAGUCGCGGCUACAAAAGCCUGGCUUUGCGUAAUAGGCCGCAUCGGAGCGACUCCUCACCUGUCUUCCCAACGCAAGAGUUCUCAAUGACCGCCCCUAAGCGUCGAUCCACUGCACGAGAUCAGGCAUCCGUCACGUUCGAUUUGACCGAGGAGCAGGCCGAGCGCGAGCGACGACUCGACCGCCGCAAUCGAGAACCACGUGAGCAUAUUCGCGAUGAGCCCGUGCAACUCAUCGACCGGGAGGCCGAACUGGACCGCAAAGAUCGAGAGUGGGCAGAACGUCGAGAGCGCCGUGAUCGACGUGGCUACGAUGAAGAGGAGAGGCGUCAAAGAGAUCAUGACAAGGAUCUUGAUUCAUCUGCCUGGGCCGAGGCCGCCGCUAUUGGAGCUAUUGGUGGUGCUCUGAUUGGAUCGAUGAAUUUCUCUCGUCGAAAGGAAGACGAUGAUUACUCUGAAACGAGCUCUCGUCGCCACGAUCGCCGGGCCGAGCGUCGUGCCGAACGGCGAAGCGAUUCCUCUGUGCUGUCGCGCUCUGAAUUUUCGGAGCCAUACUAUGGGUCCAAGCGAUCUGAUGAAGAGCAAGAAGAUCGAGCGAUUGAAGAUAACCACGACGUCGCAACCUCGCCCGUAAGAUCCUCCAACUCGAAGCCCGUCUAUGAAGACUAUGCAGACUUCUUCGCUCCCGACGAGAUUCGUCCCAAUAAACACCACAGCCGAGAUACUCCCGAACAUGAACCCGUCGAGCCUCGCGUGAUCGAAGCCGUCCCGUCGCCUGAACGUGAAAAGAACAACGAUGAACCCCGCAGUGAUCUUCCGCAAUUCGCUCGAGAGCCAUAUGAGGGGCGCGAUCUUCCCUGGUCUGUUCCUCGCUUGCAUUUCAUCGACCCCACGCCACCUCAUAGUAUCAAUGGUUCGACUCGCGAAAGCAAAUCACCAGUCAUUCCCGUCAGUUCAAUCGAGACAAUCGAAGAGGAAGUGGAGCCUAAUCAAAGCGAAUCCCGCGACAAGUAUGACCGGGAGAUCGAGUAUGAAGCUCGAUCUGAACCACGACAUGACACGUACGAUAAUGACGACUUCGACCCCAGUGCCCACCCGGUACAAAAGCGUGACCGGUCAUCUACGGGAUCACGAGUCUCAUGGGGUCCUCACCAAACCCAUGAGUAUGAAAUCCCAUCCUCUUCAGAACAUGAUCCGCAAUCGCCCACUGAAGAAGCGUUCAGAGAUCUCGUGACCCCAGAACAGCUUUCUGGAGGGAUUGAUAAUCCACACGGCAAGUCAGGUUUUGGUGACGACAUUGAAUUUGCAGCGAUUGCCGCCGCGGGCGCGCAAGCCGCGGGCUUCGACCCCUCAGUCGUGAUCAAUGAUCCCAAAUAUCACACCCGUACCUCGCCUCCUGGCUCUGAAGACGAGGGUGUGUACUCAAGAGGGUCGAAAUGGCCUACCACAUCAUCGGCAGAACGCCAUCAUAGAGAUCUAGAAGAUGAUCGGGGCACUCGCGAGUGGAGCAGAUCUCGAGAUCGACAACCUUCAGUUGAAGAAGUCCCCGAGGAGGAAGACCGUCCGGAGAAGGUGUCGACAUUUGUGCACCUGGACGACCCCAGCACGGAGCAGCCUGAAAGUCACCCAUCUACUUCUGAAGCAACCGAGAAAUCUCAGAGUAAGGCCUCGCGAGCCGAGUCACCUGACAAUGAUGCAUUUUCAAUGCCUGGUGGCUUUGAUGACGGAGAGUUGUCGCGAGACCUACCCAAAGAUGACAUGCGCUCGGUAGUAUCUGCGCCGCUGGAACGUGAAAGUGCCAAGCAGAAACCAAAAAAGACUCCUCGCACUAGCAUCGACUUCGAGACGCUCCGUUAUAUUCCCUCGCAUGAGCAAAAAAUCGUUCUGCCGCUCGAAAUUACGGAAGAGCACAAGGAAUCUCGAAGAAGCGAGGACCAAGAUCUUUCAUUCUCCCGAGAUAAGGCAAACUCCGCCGUGAACGAUGCGCCUCUUGAUGAUGACAAUGACUUUGUCUCUGUGAAUCAAGAGGACCUUGAUCAGACCCCGCGUCGCAAACACCGCCAACGCUCCUCGCGUGACAGAGACUUCGACGAUGCCGCCUCCAAUCUCUCUUCACCCGGGCCCAUCUACACCGAAGAUGCCGACAAAUCUGAGCGUCGGCGUCAUCGUUCAAAGCGCGAGAGCGAUAAUUUCUCUGUGGACGACGAUGUGAGAUCUGCUGUCACUCUGCCGGAUACCGGUGACAAAUCGGAGCGCCGAAAGCAUCGACAUCGUUCCUCUCGCGACCGAGACGACGAUGCUGCCUCGGUCGUGUCUUCCCCCGCUGCUGUUUCAUACGAUGAUGACGAGAAAUCCGAGCGACGCAGGCGACGCUCCAAGCGCGAGAGUGACACGUUCUCAGUGGAUGAUGAUGCCCGCUCCGCCAUUACCUCCCUCGACGACCCUGAAAAGUCGGAGCGUCGAAAGCACCGCCAUCGCUCAUCAAAGGAUAGAGAUCUCGAUGACAACGCUUCAGUCAGCUCGUCUCCUGCCAGAAUCGACGAGACCCGAGAGAAGCGCCGGAGCAAUGAUGGCAAGGAUGAAAAGGAGAAAGACAAGAGCGGCAGCUUCCUUCGCAGUCUCUUCGGGUCUCGUGUUUCUGCCCCCGAAGAACGCGAACGCACUCGAUCUAACCAGUCCUCCCGAUCUUCUUCCUUGGAGAAGAAGCCAUCCCGUGAUGCUGUCUCCGAAACCGGUGUCGACGAUGAGAGACGCCGCCGUAAGAAGCGUUCGUCUCGGCACCGUAGCUCCAGUCGUGGUGAUCAGUUGAAGGACGAUGCUUCGGACCAGGAGGGCAGCACCAAAGGUGACGUAAACCUGGAAGACUAUAGACUACGGCGACAGGAAAAGGAGGAACGACGCCGACAAAGAUAUGGCGACAUUGUUGAGUCCGGCAAGCGUCGAGACUCUGAUAAGGUAUAG